AUGUAUUUGCGUCCUCAAAAUUUACAAAUCAUCUCUCUUAAUAUUGAUCCGGAGUCGAAGAUGUCGUUAAUUCUAUGGGAAUGCAGCUUACAAAUAGGGGCAUCGACAUCAGCAAACUCUUCGAACUCCUCUGUAGCACUCGCCGCUGAAGCAGCAUCGAAACAGCAGUUAGAAACACUUCAAAUGCAAAUGCUUAUGCAACAAACAUUACUGCAACAAUCCCUUCUCGGUUUCAAUCCAUAUGCUCUCGCUGGAUCGACGUCAGGAACUAGCUCAGCUAGUGCUAAGCCUGACGACCUGCUCAACCCGUUAUUGAUGGCAUCCUUGAUGACGAAUCCUCUUGCCAUGCAGUCGCUUCUAAUGGAUCCAGCGGCGUUGGCGGCACUGUCAUUAGCUGGCACUGGUGCAGCGGGUAGUGCGAAUUUGGUUUCCGGAUCAGGAAAAAAGCCGAAGUCGCACAAUUCUCAAUCAUAA